AUGGCUAACGCAGGCCUGCUCCAGACCAGUCUCAUCUGGGUCGCGUACGCUGUAGCUGUCGUCCUCUGUCUCCUGGCUGCCAUCAUCACCACAUUCACAUGGCAAACGCCCCGCGAGCGAUCCGCCAUAGUCAGUAUUGUCGCCAUCGUCAGUCUCACAGCCCUUUUGGCAACGGUUCUUCUACUUCCUGUCGAUAUCGCUCUUAUUUCUUCGACAACGCACGCAUCUCUUGGUGUGAAAAAGGACUGGGCCACGGAACAGCGAGUCCACGAUAUCCUCCAGACUCUGCGCAUCGUCUACUACUCUCUAUACAGCUUCGACGCUCUGCUGUGUCUUUUGAUUAUCCCAUUCGCCUACUUCUGGCAUGAGGAAUACGAUGAGAUCGAAGUCGAGGAGGGUCGAUCGUUCGGCAGCCGCCUCAUCAGCGCGCUGAAAUACACAUUGGUCUUCGUCGUCCUGGUUGUGAUCCUCUUCCUGGUCGGCUUCUUCGUACCCGCUGCUGGAGAUCACCAUGGCGCCAACUGGGACUUGGACUACUUCAAGCGCAUCCUUGUUCAGAACAAAGGACAAAAAGCCCUCUCCUUCGCAUUGGGUCUGCUCGUCACCCUCGGAGUUUUGCUAUACGUUGUCUACACAGCGGCUGGAUUGGCGCUGCUUCCCAUGUCCUUCAUCAAGUCUGCGCCUUCCAUAUCAGCACCCCAACUCUCGGAAAGCACCGCAUCGGCAUUGGAGCAGAACCGCGAACGCCAACGUCAGCUAGAGAUGCGCAACGCCGGUCGCCCCGAGGGCAUGUCAUCCAAGGACAGACGUGAGCUCGAGGCCCUUGUGCGCGAGGAGCGGACGUUGACGCGCCGAGAGAGAUUGGCGGCCGAGGCCUCCGGGGAAGGUCGCAGCACCAUCUACAAGGUUUGGCUCAAGAUUUGCGCCGUCUUCCGGCCCAUCAAGCUUAUUGGUGGUAUCUUGUUGCUUUUGCUUUCCGUCUUAAUCUGGGUCUCCAUGUUGAUCACUGGAAUCGACAAGGCGAAGAACUCGUUCUGCAAAGGGAAGUGCGGCUACAUUUUGGGUCACAUCAACAUCUUCCAGCCCAUCAAUUGGAUCUUCACGCAGUCGGCCAAAGCAUUCCCGGUCGACUACAUACUCAUGGCUCUUCUUGUUCUGUUCUUCUUCAGCAGUUCGAUCUCGGGCAUUGCCACUGUCGGUAUCCGGUUCCUCUGGGUUCGCAUUUUCCAGAUCCGCAAAGGACGUACCGCACCUCAAGCCCUACUUGUCGCAACAGUCAUGCUGGCUCUCAUCAUUCUGGCCAUCAACUAUGCUAUCGCCAACAUGGUGGCCCCGCAGUAUUCAAUCUACGGCACGCAGACGUUUUGCACAGCGCCUCACCACGCUGGCGAGACGCCCAACUGCAAGGACAGACCUGACUAUCUAGUUCAAUGCUCCGAGGCUUUGGACCCCGAAGCCUUGAAGGUCUGCACACCCUCAAUCAUGGCGGAGUUUCUUAACCGGAUUGCCAUCACCUGGCCUUUCUUUGGCGCCUUGGACUUCUGGGCCCAAUUCGUCUUCCUCGGCAUUUUCCUCAUUGUCUUUGUGACUGGACUGUUCCGAGCACCCAAGCUUAACGUAUCCGAGCUCGACGAGGAUGCCGAGGAGGAUGAGGAGGAGGGUCUGCUCGCGAGCACCGGACGGAGAUUCGGAGCGACGUGGCAGGACAUUACGGGGCGCACGAAAUCGAAGAGUACCUACGGCACGCAGGAGAGCAACAACGGCGGUGGCUCGUCCGAGGCUUAA